AUGUCGUUUGAAUUAAAGUCAAGUCUAGACGGUACCUGUAUUGGUGCCGCCUCCCUCUCGAUGUACGGUGGGCUUAUCGUCGGCCACAUACUGCUCGAUAUAUUCACCAUUCUACCACCACUUAUCAUUCUUUGGGCUCUGCCAAUGUCUAGUCCUAAGAAGUUCAACCUAGUUCUUCUUCUCACCCUCGGAGUCUUUACAAUAUUAUGCAGCCUACUUCGAAUUUUCGUGUUUUACAGAAUUAUGGUCAGCUCCUACGAUAUUACUUGGAAUGCUACCGAUGUUGCAUUCUGGAGUAUGUUUGAAUGUAGUCUGGCUUGCAUAAUCGCUUGUUUACCGGCCCUAAACCAUCUUAUCAUCAAAUUUCUCAAAAAGAUCACCAAAUUUCUAAGGCUCAACGAAAGUCGUGGCCCUAAGUCACCAAAGGGCAAAUUAGGAGCAAUACGGUUCCCAGUGCGCCAAGCUGAAGCAUACCAAAGAUCGGUUAUCUCUAACGGGUACGGACAGUACGUGAAACGCUGGGCAAAUAACUCGAGCUCAAGGCCUGGGUCGGAAUACAGCGCUGCAGAUGCUCCUAUGCGACGGGGCUCAAGAUCUGGGAGCACAACGGCCUCCAACUCUAGCACAUAUCCUAGCACUUACUCCACAACCAACAACUCUUCAGUUAUGGAAACUACGAUCUAUAUAAUCGACGAAAUUCCGUCAGAUGUCGAAGAGGAGGAACAGGAAACUUUCGGUAAUAUUUCCACAGCUGGAUUGGGUCCCGGAAAUAUCCAUGAAUCUGAUCCAACGGAGCAUUCACCAUCCAGUUCAGAGAAGGCCGAUGCCUCCGAAAAUGUUUAA